UCAACAAUCAUUUUCAGGUCUAUGAGAGAACAAUUGACGUGCAUGUUAAAUGCUUUGGAAACAUGUUCAAAAUCAUUUGUAGAACAGUUUGAGAACGCUCUGAAGGCGAGUAUGUCGAACCCAUAUGGCGCGGUCACAAUCGAAGAUGCAAAAUUUUUUAUCAGGAAUGAAUGUCCCAAAAUGCCAAAAGAUUUUUCAGCAAGCACAUGUGUAAAGAAUGUAUUCGUUUCCAAGGAAUUUGUGAAUUGUAGCGGAGAAGCUGCUGCAAAAUACGCCGAGACCAGAACAUGCAAGGUAUAUGAUCUCAGUAAAACGUGCGUCACUGCAACCGUGCAACCGAAAUGUGGAAAAGAAAUGGCGGAGUUUUUGGUUCGCAACACACACAUAAUAUUUCCGGGAGUCCCAGAUGAUUGCGGAAAUAAAGGAAACUCAGGAAGCGUGAUUUCGACGUCAUUCGGACUACUACUGUUUAUAUCGUCUCUGUUUUACAUAUUGUAACAAUUAAAAAAAAAAACAACCAAACAACAAAAACAUUGUAACAAAAUUGUAAAUAUUUACUCAUAGAACAUUAACGACCACAAGAAUUCAUAUAUAGGACACUAGUAUAAAACCGUCGGACCAGCCUGGAAAUUCAGACAGUCGGAACAGAACCUUUGUUGUCGGCUGCUCGGCGGCUUGGUUCUAACAAUUUUAUAUUAGAAUUUCUACAUUUAUAAUUUAAAAAAUUCAGUGGAGUAUGUAAGACUUGAUAUAUUGUAUGUAGAUAGGUAAAUGAAGACCUGAAUGCAUCUUCCUUAAGAAUUCUUCUGUUCAUUAGCUAUACGGUUUAUAGCAUAUACGUUUUUUCCUUAUCACUUAUAGCUUCAUAUUCAGCAUUUUAUGUAUAGGUUAGAGUGCAUAUUGGGUGUUCUUCGUAAAUAAGAAAGCUAAAAAGGAGCGGAGCUUGCGAAGCGACUGUAGCUUUCUUAUGUACGAAGAACAUCCAAUAUGCACUCUAACCUGCUAAGUGCUCCGCCCACUUGCGUUUUAUAAUAUAAAAAGUCCAGUUUAUAUAAAAUAUGUUCUAUUAAGAUUUGAAACCUGAAAAUUUGAAAAAUCCUCGUCGGUGAUUGGCUUAGAAAAAUUGGCGACCACUAAUAUAAAGUGUUAUACUAAUACAGUGCUGGUUUUGUUUUGUAUAAUAUUUGUCGUAACAAGUCCCCUUUUCUUUUAAGAACGAACACAUUUCCUUCUGUAUACAGAAUGGACAAGUUUUAUAACGUUUUAAGAAAUAGAAAGAGCAUCGAAGAACGAGGCUAUCUGAUUUGUACGAGGGGGUUCCAUGUCGUUAUAAUAUGAAACCCCAGAAAAAGUAACCAUUGUACGAGCAUCUUAAUAUGACUUUUUUAUAAGUUAUAAGUAAACACAGAAAAGGUUUAGCCAAUCAACGAGCUUGCAUUUUUUUUAGCCCUGACGCACUGUGCAUGUAUUGGUCUAGCACAUUUUCAACACCAUGUCUUCAAACUAUGAUACAAUAAUUAUUUUAGAUUCUACUUGCCAUCAAGUUGUUUAAAAUAUAAUUCUAUCAUGGUAAAUCGAAAACAUAGUGAAAACUUGAAGUAAAGCUUUUAAAAAAAAAUGUUUGAAAUGGGAUAUUAAAAGUUAUCGUACUUAAGAGGAAACAAUAUUUAUAUUUCAAGUCUGUUUGUACUCAAUAUUUUCGUACUCUUCUGUACUCGAAAUAUUUGUAUCAAAUUACAGACAAUUUACUCACCAAAACUUUGUAUCUCGAAAAAAAGAAAAAAAGAAAAAAGAAAAGGGGUUUUUGAUUAUGAUAAAUAAAAUCGUCAUAUACAUUUGAUUUAAUCUGAUAUUGUCUGAAGAUUUCACCUGUGUGAAGUAUAUGAUUUAUGUAUUCUUACUUAUGCCAUGUACCAUUCACUUAUUGUAUAUAUGUAAAGGGAUUUAUUAAUAAUCCACUAAUAUACAAAAUAAUAUUAAACACGUGUGUUCUGUAAAUAAAAUUUUUAAUUUCUCUUAAUUUACCAUCGGAUUCACACCAAGACAAGUUUUAAAUGGACUCCACUGAGGUUUAAAAGCCUAAAAACAUAACAUUAGAAUUUCUAACAUAAAUGAACUGGGGCGCUUUAAACAGAAAUUAUAUGCAAAGAUAGUUAAGAAAUAUACCUUUAGAAUACAUCGAAAAUCGUAGUUUUAUGCUUUUCUCAGCCUAAUUUGAGUGAAAAGCGUUUAAACGCUUUUCAUUUUGGGUCAUUUCUUUCAGUUAGAAUAAUUAUUAUGGAAAAACGAAGUCGCGAAUGAUCUGAAAGCUUGCAGAAAGAUUCGUGGUCUACACCUACAUCAAAUGGUACAUUUACCUGGAAAAAAAUAUUUUCAGUCCCAUCAUGUCAAAAACCUCAGUGGAGUCCCUUUAAAAAUAAAUUUGUUUAAUUACCAGUACAUUUGUAUGAAAUAAAAUGCCGCUUUUA